AUGUCUGCCCUCAGCUACAUCCGCCGCCGAGUGUUUGGCAAGUCUUGGUCGCUUCUUAAGUGCUUCCACCACAACCAAUGUUUGCAGCUUCUAUUACUACCAUUUGCCAGCCUCCACCCCCUUGCCAACAUCUUCCAUAACCAGCACCAUUUAUUAACAACUUCUAUCACAACUGCCUACAACUUGUACCCAAGCCCAGGUCGCCCACCCAUCCAAACCAUCCAAACCCCAGAAUCAACCCGAACUUGCUGUACCCAAGCCAGCUCUCCCGUAAGCCAGAGUAGCAACAUCGAUAGCAACAGCAACAGCAAAAGCGGCAGCAACAGCAAGGCUAAAACAACGAAGGAGAAGAAGGAACAGCAUGAGAGUGACAGUGUUCGGAACUCGGCUUGGUCUAUGGCUAAGGCUAAUAUUACGGAUAAUCAUAAGGUUCGGUAUAAGGGUCAUGCCAUCACCGAAAACACAGUGACUCUCACCCUUAUGUCCAGUGCUGACAAGGUCUUCAUGUCUCUCAACAAGCGCGAGAUCUACAGGAACCUCCAAGACCGAGGCAUCCACGCGGUCGUCCUGAACCAGCACUCGGGUCGCGUGACAGCCAAAACGCGUUUUCGACACGUUCAGCCCCGGCGUCGAGGAGGAGUUGGUGGAGUUCGUAGACGACGUUCAAGAUGGCGGAUCAUCGUCUUCGCCGUCCUGAAAAAUAUAUGUCAGUAG